AUGAAUCGUAAUUUUACUCUUGAAUAUAAAAAUCCUCUUUUGGAAGGUGAUUGUGUUCGUGUCCAAAGGCAUCUCGAAGAAAACGCCGUCCAUGUGAUUGCAAUAUUUUUGGUCCACAUGGCUUUCUGUCCCGCAGUGAUCCUUGGAAAUGCUGCAAUUUUACUAACAAUUUGGAAAACUUCGUCUUUGCAUACACCAGCUUAUAUGUUAUUGGCAAAUCUUGCUGUCUCCGAUUUUGCUACUGGUCUACUUAUGCAACCCUUUGUUAUAACUAUUGUACUUUCUGCAAGCUUUGGUGUAUCCCCUUCAACGUUUCGUUUUCUGUGUGCAGGGUUUGGUGCUUUGGCGUGUGUUUUAGUAGGAGUCUCUGUGUUAACCAUCACAGCUAUUGCGUUAGACCGACUCCUGGCCCUUCGAUUGCACCUAAGGUACUCUAUUAUAGUGACUAAGUUUCGUGUAAACGUGGUUAUAACUACAAUUUGGCUGCUUCAGUUGCUUCAGGGACUUUCUCUGUUACUUUUUUACACUAAGAGUCAAAAGACUGAAAGUAUCUUUGCCAUAGCACUUGUUGUAUUACUACUUGUUAACUUCAAAAUUUAUUUGAAUAUUUAUCGCAUUGUUCGGCGCCAUCAACUACAAAUUCACCAACAACAGCCUGGGGAGAAUUCCGGAAUCAUUUGCAGACUAAUAAGACUGAAGAAGUCAGCUGUUAACACUUUUCUGGUAUUUAUUGUACUUCUUGUUAGUUACAUGCCGUAUAUAUGCGUCGUUUUAAGAGGUGAAAAGGUUUCCUAUGCUGGUUAUCAUAUAGUUACAUUUAUGAUCGUUCUUAAUUCAUCGCUCAAUCCCCUCUUCUGUUGUUGGAGAGUUCGAGAAAUUCGUGCAGCGACAAAACAGUUAAUUUGUUUGUAGCAGAACAAAGGUCGUCGUUCUUUUGCAUGAGGUUAGUAAAGGUAGGGUGCUGCCUCGUACCCAGACAUCUCUGGUACUCUCGAUGAUAAUAUUCAUAAUAAAGUAGUUUUUAUUCUGAUCAUCCAUUUUCCUUCUUCUCAUUCUGUAUAUUUCUUCUUCUGUCUGUUACCACCCUUUAGUGCAUGCUCCAUAUUUUGCCUUUGCACCACCUCUUCAGCAUUCUGGAUGGCAAGAUAAGAAUUUUUUUCUGGUGAAUAAGUAUUACUUACUUAAAAUGAACCUUCACAAUAUUCUCUCUCAGUACAAUGAAAUCAUAAAAUAACCUUAAACAGUCAUGUGAAUAAUAAUAAAUUGCUUAUGCUCACUUUAAAAAUACAAGAAUAUCAGAGAACCAUAAAAAAAAAAACUUAAAAAGUCAUUGAAACGAAAAUUAAAAAAGAAUGUAGGACCAUAUAAUAACCGUAAAUAGUCAUAGGAAAAAAACUUUGAAAAAUUCAGGAAUGUCCAAGAGUAUAAAUUGCCACAAAGCAUCGAUGUUUCAAUUAAAAAUAAGUGCAUGCACAAAACCUUAAACCCCACUACUGUCUAAUAACUGAACAUGCAAGACAAAUAAUACCCAUAGGAUCAAAAGAGCAGUGAUAGCAGUAGGUUGAAUAUAUGUGUAGCCGAGAAGAAAGAACUACCAUAAGAAAUGGCUACAUUAUUGAAAAGCUGAUUACAGGACAAUGUUGAGUAUGAAGCAAUAACAAUGGACUACUUGUUAUCAUUGUGAUUUAUUUUAUAACGACUACUGUAUUAAAAACCUCCCCCCCCGCCUCCACUUCCUUACCAAGAGCAAUAAAAACCAUUGACCACUACCCUUAGUAAUAUAAACAGAACCUAGGACCCCAGGCUCCUGGCUCGAUUAUUGAAGUGAUACGUGGUUAUUGAACAAUUUUUGUCACAAAAAUGCUGGUGUAUGUUUACUGAACUAAUGUUGUGGUUAAUGAACUACUUGUCUUUACUGAACUAUUAAUAAACGAACGAAGCGCCUGAGGAGGAGACUGGGCAGGUUGUUGAACAGCCUCAAACUGAGAAUCAAGCGUGAACGUUUCAUGUAAACUAGAGCUACCACGUUUUAACCUAGACUACGAGUAGUCCUCAUUUUCCAUCGGCGAUUUUAAAGCGAGCGAAACGUGAGAGGGUGUGAAAAUCAACCCACGCGAAAAAGGCGUCACUCGCGCACGCAUUUCGCUCACUCUACUAUCCCUGAGGGAAAAUGAGGGACUACUUGUAGACUAGUUUUAACCUGGGGGGUGGGGUAGCAAGGGGUAGUGGUUGACAAAAAGCUAUUCCUCCAGCUUCCCUAUUAAGGACAAGAGACCAUAUUUUGUGACCCUGAUUUGUAACAUUUUGCAUACAGAACUAAUUCAAUUAUUUUUCAAAAUAACAUUAUAGAAUUAGAUUUUUAGGGGAAAAUAAAAAUUGUUGUUUCCGUUUAGCUCAAACAACAGUGUCCCCCUAAGUAUCUUGAACGUUGCUAUUUGCUUAACGAUGGUUUUUGAACAUAUCAUGUAAAAAUAACAGAUAACGAACCUGUAAACAGGUGAAGUGAACAUGAUAAAGAAUAAUAUUUUUACCAUAGAGCUUAGAUCUGCGAGGACGGUUACAUUAAAGCGAACUUUCUAAAAUGUGGUUGUUUUACUAUAUUGUAUGACUAGCAUUCUAUACUGGGAGAAUAUAAAGUCAUUCUUUGUUAUAGGUGUUCUGUUUAAUUUACUACUAUGUAAAUAGACCAAAUAAUCAACGGAACUAAACAUUUAAGAUUUCAGUGUUUUUACCGAGUUUUUAAUUUAGCCUCACUCUUCAUUUAUUGACUCUUUGAAAACUACAGAACAAUGAAUAACAGUACUAACAAAAUGUAAUUUCCGUUUGUCUUGAUGUCAGCCUAUCAAGUAAUCAAAUUCAGAGCUUGAAGUGGAAUGCAUCUUGUGUAUAGUUGCAGGCCAUUAUUGAAAUCAGAAAACAAUGACGUUUAAAAUGAAUGUUGUUCAGUUUCUUUGAUCAAAAAACGUAUUUAAUUUCAUAAAAGCUGCAGGUGUGGCUACAAUUUCGUGAGGAAAAUAUCUAAACGAUAGAGUGUUUUGCUUGGAAACAACAUAAGAAAGUAAAAAAAUAUGGACAGCAAUUUUAACCUAAACAAUAUUUGUCUUCGCCAGCAAAUACAUUUUCAAGCGAACGCCUUCCGUGCGAUUGCAGUUUUCUUGGUCAGCAUUCCCCUCUGUGUUAUGACUCUACUUGGAAAUGCUGCGAUUUUGAUAACAAUCUUCAAGACUCCAUCCUUACAUUCACCAGCUCAUAUUUUAUUGGCAGGCCUUGCUUUGUCAGACUUUGCCUUUGGCUUCAUUGUACAGCCCUUACUUUUGUCGAUUGUACUCUCUGCAGGAUAUAACCAUGAUUUACCACUAGCAACGUUUCAUCUGAUGUGUUCAAGCUUGAACUGUUCGGCCAUCGUUUUGUGCGGAGUUUCUCUGGGAACCAGUAUAGCAAUUGCGUUGGACCGACUGCUUGCUCUCCGCUUACACUUGAGA